AUGUUUGAGGAGCCACAAACAGAACCACUGGAUUUAACAAUGUCAAGAGUAUGUGGUGGACGGAUUGAACCACCGGAUGCAUCAAUAGCAGAAAUGAGUGGGGGACAAGAGGAACUCGGCGAAACUGAUCACGAAGAUCCAACGUCAUUGAACUUACCAAUUCAAGAAGCGAGUAGGGAACAAACAGGUGUAGGAGAUAUGCCAAAGAAAGUCUGGCUUAGGAGGUAUCAAAAUGAAACAUCCAACAAUCAAAUACUCAAAAGGAAACAUCCAGAAAAUACAACUCACACGGGUAAGAAGCGGUUCAAAUGCGAAAUAUCCAAGAAGGUCGUUGCUCCACCGAGCACACAUACGAUGAAUCAUACGAGUGAGAAGCCGUUCUCUUGUUCGGAAUGCAACAUGAGUUUCAUCUGGCCAUCGUAUCUCAAUAAACAUAUGAACAUUCAUACCGGUAAGAAGCCGUAUUCUUGUUCGAAAUGUGGGAAGAAUUUCGGACAUUUAGCCAGUCUGUAUAACCAUAAGCAAAUUCAUACCGGUAAGAAACCGUACUCUUGUUCGAAAUGUGGUAUGAACUUCACCCGGGGAUAUGAGAAGAGAAGACACAUGAAGGUUCAUGGCAAUGCUAAGCCCAGAUUCAAUUGA